AUGAAUUGCUUGGAGCUCUUGCUGGUGGCCUGGACCACUUGCUUCUUCAGUGUGCCCAGUGAUGCCUUACAACGGAUUGCCCUCAAGAAAAUGACCUCAAUCCAGGAAAACACGAAGACCAGGGACAAGGAUUUGGAGUGGUACUCAUAUGUCAAGCAGCUGGCCCUCCUUAAUGUAAUAUCCCCUGUUGUCCUCACCAAUUUCGAGGAUAUCCAGUAUUAUGGUGAGAUCAGUAUCGGCAGCCCUCCCCAAACCUUCCGAGUUGUUUUUGACACGGGUUCUGCUGACUUUUGGGUGCCCUCCAGCAGAUGUGGCCCACUCUACACAGCAUGUGGUAAGAUCCUAGCCUUGGAGCACCAAGUGAUGCACCGUCAAUAUGACUACUCCAAAUCCUCCACUUACGAAGAGAAAGGGACUGAAUUCAGCAUCCGCUAUGCAUCGGGCAAAGUCAAGGGCUUCCUGAGCCAGGAUAUAGUGACUGUUGGUGGGAUCAAAAUGACCCAGCUGUUUGGUGAGGUUACGGAGCUGCCCCUGAUGCCCUUUGGACUGGCUAGGUUCGAUGGUGUCCUGGGCCUGGGCUACCCUGCCCAGUCAGUGAGUGGAAUCACUCCUAUCUUUGACAACAUAAUCUCCCAAGGGGUGCUGAAGAAAGAAGUCUUCUCUGUCUACUACAGCAGGAAUUCCGGGAAUUCAUAUCUGUCAGGUGGAGAGAUUGUACUAGGAGGCACCGACCCCAACUAUUACCAAGGAACCUUCCACUACGUCAACAUCAGUCGUCCAGGCUUCUGGCACAUCGAAAUAAAGGGGGUGGCUGUCGAGUCCAAUGUGACGUUCUGCCAGGAGGGUUGCACGGCAGCUGUGGACACUGGAGCCUCCUUCCUCACAGGUCCAACCAACUCCGUGAAGAAACUGAUGCAGAUGCUGGGAGUUAAGGAAUCAGGGCACGAGUAUCUUGUAAAAUGUGACCUGGCAUCCACGCUCCCAGAUAUCUCCUUCUACCUUGAUGGCAAGGCUUUCAAGCUCCAUAGUUCUGACUAUGUCUUAGAGGAUCUGAACAGCCGCGAUAAUUUCUGCUUGCUAGCCUUCCGUGGCCUGGAUGUUCCACCCCCCACAGGACCUCUAUGGAUUUUGGGAGCAACCUUCAUCCGAAAGUUCUACACUGAAUUUGACCGGCAUAAUAAUCGAAUUGGUUUUGCCUUGGCAGUCUAACCUGCCUUUGCCCACAGCCCAGGUCAUGGGGCCAAGAGACAAAGGAAGAUGUUGCCUAUGGCCUAGCCCACAUCCCUAUUAGAUCCUGUUUUCUCCCUGUUGUCCUUGGUUCUGGGGCAAGUUUCUCCUCUCUAUUCCUCUAGGUCACUGUUAACCUUCUGCUUUAAUUGAGAAUAGAAUAAAGUUUCAA